ACUUGAGACGGGAGCGAGAGAGAGAGAAGAGACUCUGCAACCAAAAGCCUCAAGUCGCAUGCGCUCACUUUGGUUUUGAGAGAGGCUUGAAUUUGUGGAUACAAUUCGAGAAUUGUUUAGGUGAAUAGUUUGGCAGAGUCGUUGGUGAAAGUCGAGCUUUUCUGAUGAUGGUAAUGGAGGCCACGGUUGCGCAGAGGUUGCAGUUUUCGACCUGGAUUGAUUCGGAGAAGGUUGCGAGGCGGCCGAGCAGUUCAGCGCGGUGCUCUCAGAGAUUGAAGGUUCAAAACAAGCUCCGGGUGCUUGUUGCAGCUCACCUACCCACCUCUAGAGUCUCUAAUCGCCAUAGACAUGUCGCUUUGGAGGUUUCAUGCUCCUACAACAAGUUUCCAGCUUCAACAGUGGAAUCUGGAAACUUUCAAACUCCUUUUGAUGAAUCUCUGGUUUUGAAGAAUAAGGCACAAGCCAUCGAGCCAUAUUUAAAUGGACGAUGUAUAUAUCUUGUUGGUAUGAUGGGAUCUGGGAAAACAACUGUUGGCAAGAUUUUGUCGCAAGCAAUUAAUUAUUCUUUUAUUGAUAGUGAUACAUUGGUGGAGCAUGAGGUUGGUGGAACUUCUGUAGCUGAAAUUUUCAAACUCAAUGGAGAAGGCUUUUUCAGAGAUAAAGAGACUGACGUGCUACGUAAACUGUCAUUGAUGCAUCGUCUUGUUGUUUCUACGGGUGGAGGUGCAGUUGUACGGCCCAUCAACUGGAAAUGUAUGAACAUGGGUAUUAGUGUCUGGUUAGAUGUACCCUUGGAAGCCCUGGCUCAGAGAAUUGCCGCUGUGGGAACUGGUUCUCGCCCUCUUUUGCAUCAUGAGUCAGGGGAUGCAUACAGAAAAACUUUUAUGCGUCUGACAAGCCUUUUUGAACAGAGAGGUGAUUCAUAUGCUAAUGCCAGUGCUAGGGUUUCCUUGGAAAAUAUUGCAGCCAAGUUGGGUUAUAGAGAUGUGUCCAGUCUCACUCCCACUGCCAUUGUUAUUGAGGUACUAGAACAAAUUGAAGUCUUUCUGAAGGAAGAAGAUGGCCAUGCCCGUAUUACGUUCUAAGAUGCCGAACUUCCUUGUAGCAUUCUUGUUGUGGUACAUUAUUUCCUAUUUUCCAUAAUGAAGCAUGGAUAUAUGCGUCUAUUGUGUUAAUGGAGUUUGAAAAAGAAAAGAACUAUUGUAAGAUUUCGAUUGUAAUCUCGAAUAAGUUGUAACUGUAUAUAUUGUUUGACCUGUGAAGUGAGGUCCUUGACCCCGCAGCCAGUAUCCCCUUUGUUUCGAGAUUUCGUUUCAAUCGGUCAUAAAAGUAGUUCUAAACAAUUUUGCAGAUCAAA